AUCUUUUUGAUGUCACGCGUCUCCCAGCCCGCAUCCGCUCAAUUAUCACGACUGCUGUUACUAAUACUUGUACAUGAGUCAAGUGCCGUCGUUCUAUGGAGUUCUAUCUAUUUAUUAGGAUAUUACUCGACGAAGAAUAACUGCUGAUUUGCGCAAAUUCAAUUUAUUUUUAAGUAAAUGUCUAUAAUCCGUAAUAAUCGUUUUAAGUUUCUCCGGUUACCACCUGUCAGUUUGGCGACUCACGCGCAGCAUGUAGUGGCCGCACGCGGCCCACUAACCCAAUUACCUACCGCUUAUUGACAGAAUUGUCUUGGCGCUCGAGCUCACGGUUCAGAGAAAGGUCUACGCGUACGGCCCACCAAUGUCGAUAUACUUCCACGUACACAAUAUUCACCAUCAGGAAUUAGAAAUAGGAUCCUAUCAAAAACGUAAAAAUGCUGACGUCGAUAGUAAAAUCCGUUCGUUCAAAAUUCUUGCCAAAACUGUGUCGUAAACGCGUGGGCGCCAAUUUCAUAUUAAUUUUAAGCUAAUAAAAUAUUGGAAUUAUAAAAUAUACCUUAUGCGCAAUAGUUUUAUUGCUUUUUAAUUUGUUUAAUGUUGAACUUACGAAUAUGUCACACCUUCACAGCCCAGUUUAGGCGAAUGACAGGUAAUUAGGGAAAUGUGAAAUGAGUAAAGUACAUUCUAACACGGCGAACGAUACAUGCGCGCGACCGUACCUCGCGAGUCAGGAGUGCGCGGGAGGGCGCUCCCACGGGUUGCCGAUAUUUUUAGUCUGCGACCAUUACUUGGCACCGGCGGCCGCACUCGCCUGCGCUAGUGAUCUUUCUGAAAUUCGUUCGCGCUUAGGUACGCUCUCAGUCUCUAGAUAGUCCCAGUCCAAUGUCCGGUAUCAGUGCAAACACAAGUAUGUUGUGAUGAAGUAAUAAUCCAUCAAAAGUGAAACUAUGACGUUUCGAUGUGAUGUAUCCUGGUUAAAAGUGUUUGUAGACAUCAAUUUGUGCCGGUUAAACAAUGGCUAGUCUGGCAAGUAGCGGCAAUGGCGCGACCACUCCACGGCGUCACCGCUACAACCGCUCGUCGACCACAAGCGUCAGUCAGCUAUUGUCGGACGGUUACUCUAGCAUAAUCAACCGACUAACUCGACGAGGACCUUCUGAAAAGACUGAUCCCAUUGCUGAUUCCAAACUGAGUGCUGCGCGUAAUAGAUACGAUGAUAAGUUAUUUUCUAGUAAGACUUCUGCAUUAGCAAACGUACGGCGGUACGAGAACAAUAGGCAUAUCUCCCCGUACGCAUCGUUCGCAUCCAGUACUACUAACCCCACGUCAAGAAAGUUGAAUGAUGACCGUUUGUAUUCGAGUUACCUGAGCUCGUCGAAAUCCCGGCUCGACGCUUCGCCUCUGAAUACUUCCUCCGGUAUUAGCGCUCUCGCCCGUAGUGACUCAUUCCGCAGAGCACAAGUAAAAGAUAAUUCAUCGCCAUUAACGAAACGUUACACACUCAAAGAACCUAAUAACAAUGUCGACAGCACUAUAUUCUUAGGCAGCACACGUAGCAGAUUAGAGGACAAAUAUUCGUCGGUGCUCGAUAGAAUUGCACAUCAGAAAAAAGAAAGGGCUAGGAAAGAGAAAGAAGAUCGUGACAAAACUUUAGAACCUGAACCUAUAUCGAGAGGAUUGAUGAGAAGUUUAACGACAGCUGUUUUUGGGGAAAAUUCUUUUAGACGAAACAAUUACUCGCAUGAAAAGACCAGGGACAAAACACCAUACAGGAACACGACUGACCGUCGUCUACCCUCUAAUCAUAAACAAAUUGACAAAAACGAAUGUAAGAGCGGACACGAUGUUCCUCUUAGAGACCGACCUCAUUUUGGCAAAGACAGGGACAGUAUUUACCGUAGACAUCAACGUAGAUCGCUUCGUGCUGUGCAAAGCCAGAAGAAGCUUUCACUCCGCUCAGUCGAUAUUAAUAUGAAUCCCGGAACUCGGGAUUUGAUCUCCCCACCACAACAAAACGUAAACGAAACUAACAAAAAACAAAACAUAACUAAAACACCAGCGUCAUCUCCCGUCAGAGAAAUCGGAAGACAAAAACAGAUUUAUUUUCCGUCGAGCGAUGAAGACGAUGACGAUAAAACUCCUGUCGGAGAUCAAAUUCUAAACGAAAGAGAGACGCGAAGAAAAGAAAUACAGAGUCUCAUUAUGAAGUACGCACAUCUAGAUGAAAUGUACGGGCGUAUGGUAGAAAAGGAAACGAAUGGCGAAGCUAACGCGUUAGUCCCGGCACGGAAACCCGAACCGAUCGGAGUCGGCGACGUGGUGGUGCUGCCGCCCGAGCUGCGCAGCCGCCACCGGCUGAAUCGGCCGCGGCACCACCUGAGGCGCGCCGCUACGCCGCCUAGCUCCCGGGCACGCUCCUCCGUCAAGGACGACAAGGACGGCCAUCUGGUGUACUGGCCCGGAUAUGUCAUGGGAGCGAGAUACAAAAUCAUCGACACACUCGGCGAGGGCACCUUCGGCAAGGUGGUCGAGGUGAAGGACUUAGAAAUGGAGCAUCGCAUGGCUCUGAAAAUUAUCAAGAAUGUGGAGAAGUACAGAGAUGCUGCAAAAUUAGAAAUAAACGUAUUAGAAAAGUUAGCUGAUAUUGACCCCGAUUGUAAAAAUUUAUGCGUAAAAAUGUUAGACUGGUUCGAGUACCACGGACACAUGUGCAUCGCGUUCGAGAUGCUAGGACAGAGCGUGUUUGACUUCCUUAAAGACAACAACUACCAGCCGUACCCCUUAGAACAAGUGCGCCACAUCUCGUACCAGCUAAUCUACAGUGUGCUGUUCCUUCACGACAACAAGCUGACGCACACGGAUCUCAAACCGGAGAACAUUCUGUUCGUGGACAGCGAUUACGAGGUCGCCAGUGUUUAUAAUAGUUCUAAAAAGAAGCAUGACCUACGGCGCGUGAAGCGCAGCGAUGUACGGCUCAUCGACUUCGGCAGCGCCACUUUCGACCACGAACACCACAGCACCAUCGUUUCCACGAGGCACUAUCGCGCGCCUGAGGUCAUAUUAGAAUUAGGUUGGUCGCAGCCUUGCGACGUAUGGUCUAUCGGUUGCAUCAUGUUCGAGCUACACUUGGGCAUCACACUUUUUCAAACACACGACAACCGCGAGCACCUCGCAAUGAUGGAGCGCAUCCUAGGCCCUAUCCCUUACAGAAUGGCACGUAAAACGAGAACAAAAUACUUCUACCACGGCAAAUUAAAUUGGGACGAAAAAUCAUCCGCGGGUAGAUACGUCAGAGAAAACUGCAAACCACUAUUAAGGUACAUGCAAGGUAACAGCGAAGAGCAGCGGCAGCUGUUUGACCUGAUAGCGCGCAUGCUAGAGUACGAGCCAGCGCAACGUAUAACGCUGCGUGAGGCGCUUAAACACCCCUUCUUUAGCAAAUUGCCUCCACAUCAGCGGCUCGGACCCCAGUAUACAAGGCCAUCAUUUCUUAGGUCAGGCCUCUUUAUCUGUAGACGCUUACAUAAGCUUUUACCUGAUUUUAAUUAUUUACCUAAACACAUAGUGCGACAUGAUAUUAUUACGAUUUCGUUUGAUAUUGUGUUGUCAGUGUGCUAUUUAUUUCGCUUCGAUUCUGUAUAUUGUAUGUAACAUACGUAACAUUCAUUUUUCUUUUUCUAAAUUUUGUUGGAAGCUCAUAGUUUUAUGCUGAUAAGACGCGGACGCGGGUGGAAUCUCACGGGUCGCGCUGUAAUAUUCUGCAACGUUUAAUAGGAGACCAGACCCAUCUACUAUGAAGUUUAAAGUGACAGUUGAUGCUCAAUUUUGUAUGGCAAAUUUUUCAAGGCGCUGGCAAUUCCUAGUAGUAACGUUUUGUACACAAACAUAUCGUCGGUGUUUUGA